UGUAAUGAGAUUAACCUUAAAAAUCUAAAUGGCCACACUUGACCUUUCAACUUGAAUCAUUCCUACAGUGAAUGGYUAAGCCGCUACGGUAUGAGACUUAAUAUUACAGGCCACCAUUCAUAUGGUAAAAACAAUGUGUGGGGAGGCUGAGGCACAGAAACUCACAUAAAUACAUUUGUCAGAUAACAGUGUGAAACUAAGAAUGUAAUGCUAUAGUUAGCGUUCAACAGGAAACUGAAUGAAUGACUCAACCCUCCUUAUGCUCUCCAAAUGGACGUUAGCUGUGAGGGCCGAGAUGCCAAUGCAUUGACUUUAGUUCGCUACUUGUCGGGGGAUGCUAUUCAUGAGGACAUAUUGUUCUGCCUCACGAUUACCGAGCGUGAAACGGUACGGGAUGUUCAGUAUGCUGCGUUGUUAUAUUGACGAAAAUAUUCAUGGGAUCGAAUGGUGGGCUUUUGCACAGAUGAGGCUCGAUCGAUCAUAGGACGGCAGGCAGGCCUCUGCGCUCUAGUUAUGCAUGUGUGUCCCUCUGCCAUAUGGACACAUUGUAUGACACACCCACUGAGCUAUAAUGGUUUCACCGAGAGCAACUGGCGGCAAAAGAGCUGAGCGCAGAACUCGGAGAUAUGCAGCAGGUAACUUCGACUGUAAACUACAUCGCAAAACUGUGGAGAGAUAUCGGAUCAGAGCAUGACUGUUCUAUUUCACUUGGCUUGGUGGUUAUCGAGAAUGAAAAUAAGAUGUGCCCUGUUCCAUAAAUUGAGACAGAGGUGCUUCCUGUUGUCCCUGGCCCUGCUGCUGCUGUGUCUGCUGAAGCUGUUCUAUGCUAAAGUAACUCUGAGGAACAGUUUCUACAUCGAGCCCUAUGGAAUCACAGACCGCUCCUCACAGAACCCCAAACACCAGUACAACAUCAACUGCACUGCCAUAUACCAACUGGACCCUGUGGAGGUAGGGAAGUCAUUGGAGAUCAGACGCAAAGUCAUUGUGGACUUGGAGGAUGACCGCCUCGUGUCUUUAACCUCAGACUGUGAGAGGUACAUCGAGACGAGAGGAUAUGACGUCAUCCCAGUGUCGGAAGAGGAGCGGGGGUUCCCUCUGGCGUACUCCUUGGUGGUGCAUAAGAACGCUGCCAUGGUCGAGAGGAUCUUCAGGGCCACCUACGCCCCUCACAACCUCUACUGCAUUCACUAUGACCAGAAGUCCUCUCAGAGCUUCAUAGCAGCCAUGAGGAACUUGGCUCACUGCUUCCCCAACCUCUUCCUAGCCUCCAAGCUGGAGUCAGUGCAGUACGCCCACAUCACACGGCUUAACGCCGACCUCAACUGCCUCAACGACCUGUUAGAAAGGUCAGAGGUCAAGUGGAAGUAUGUCAUCAACCUCUGUGGCCAGGACUUCCCCCUCAGGUCGAACGGUGAGCUGGUGUCGGAGCUGCAGGCGCUGAACGGAGCCAACAUGCUGGAGACCUCCCGUCCCAGCGAGCUGAAGAAACAGCGCUUCCGUUUCCAGCACCAGCUGAAGGAYGUGCCCUACGAGUACCGCCGCUUACCCGUCCGAACCACACAGGCCAAGGCGCCGCCGCCGCACGACAUUGAGAUGUUCAUCGGCAGCGCCUACUUCGUCUUGUCCCGUGACUUUGUCCAUUACGUCGAAACCAGCCGGGUGGCGAGGGACUUCCUGGAAUGGUCAGCUGACACUUACUCUCCGGAUGAACAYUUCUGGGCGACGUUGACGAGAAUCCCCGGUGUACCGGGAGAGAUCUCCCGGUCUGCCCCAGAUGUAACWGACUUGAAGAGUAAGACACGUCUGGUGAAAUGGAAUUAUCUGGAAGGGUCUCUGUACCCUCCCUGCACUGGGACUCACAUGAGGAGUGUCUGUAUAUAUGGGGCUGCAGAGCUGCGAUGGUUGCUAAACUAUGGCCACUGGUUCGCUAACAAGUUUGACCCCAAAGUUGACCCGGUGCUUAUCAAGUGCUUGGAGGAGAAAUUGGAUGAGAAACGUAGGCAAUGGGAAAACACGGUGCAGAAUUGAAAAGGAAAAACUACUGUAAAUGAAAUGGGAGAAUCAGUUCAUUUGUUGGUUUMUAUGGAAGAUUUACCCAGCCUGCARAUGAWGUACUUUGUUCCUCUAUCAACUAACUGCAAGKAAUAAGUCAAAUUCUGCAGUAGCAGGAUUUUCUUGUUUUACAAAAAAUAACUUUUUAUGUCUAUUGAAUACGAGUUCAAACUAGUUGAACCCCACUGAAAAUGAAGUGUUGGAAGUUCAAUUGAACUGUUCGAAUAAAAGGCGUCGCCCAACUGUUCUUUAAUGAUGUCCAAGAUGGGYGUUUCAGAGGAUAGCGAAACAAGACGAUCAAUGGCCAAGAUAUCUACACUGCUUGUUCUGUCACGGAUAUCGCAAAGAUCUUGUCACAUGUUGCAAUAACAGCUAAUGGAACGUCUCAUCUUGAUACCAGAUCCAAGGAGAAAUGCAUGUAGAUUCUCUAAGAUCUUGUCACGUAGGUAAAAUGUUAAACUCUUUACCAAACCAACAAUACCAAAGACACUCAACUGUAACAAAACGGCACAUCAAAGCUGGAUGUCAGGUUUUUAUACAUUUUCAUGGAAACACUUUUUUUUUGUAUUASUAUUAAGAAUUAGUAUUUUAGUAUUAAGAAUUAGUAUUUUAGUAUUUAUCAUCUAAAUUAUAGUAUAUAUUUGUAGAGAAAGGAGUUUGAUACAGCAGUAAUGCAACAAGGUUUAUAUCUCUAAGUAUAAAUUAUUUGUUUCUUAAUAAAUCUAUCUCUCUGAA